AUGGCUUUUAUCUUCAAGUAUAGUAAUGAAGGAAUCGAAAUCGAUGUAGCGAGACCGCUGAAUCAGCCAAGUAGCGCCGUAGAAGAAUCUAUCCUGGCGCAUCAGUUUUACCUGUCCCUCUCGAUUAUAUCGCAUUGCGAUAAGCUGGACUGGAUUACCUACUAUAACAUUUCAGUAGUUCGUUUUAAACAAAUCACAGUUACACCGGAAACAGAUAUUUACCUUGAGGAAAAUGAACCAUUCCUCAUCGUUUUUUCUUAUGCAACAACGCAAUCAGUUUGGGAAUUUGGCCAAUCAGCAAAGGUCAACUACAAACCCGUUUUCUUUGCCGCAAAAAAAGAAACAGUACUUAUGUCCACUGCAACAGAACUAUCUUAUUUGGGCAGGAGGCAUACGGCACAGCCUGUUAUGAGUGAGAAGGAGUCAGCCGGUUCCUCGAAUGUAGGUGAUGGGAUGCCAUGUCAUGCUGGCAUGUCUCCUCCACACAUACAUAUUGCCGCCGUACGAUCAACUCUUUCCCGCAACCCGGUCCUCGUUCUUACGGGUUCUCCACCUAAUAUGUCACCCUCUUUAUUUCAUCUACACUGUCACUUGCUUCUUCGUUUAUUUACUUUAUUGCAAUAUUUUUGCACGUAA